AUGCCCUCUGUUGUGGUGAAGGCAAACCCGGUCAUCCCUAUGGCCUCUAAAGCGUUCUCGCUGUCCUGUGAUGUGGAUGGGCCAUACAACAGUAUCCAGUGGCUGAUGGACAGCCGGCCUCUGGUGUCCAGCAGCACUGUAACCAUCUCCAACGACAGCACCGUAGUGUCUUUCAACCCCCUGAAGACCGACAACGAUGGACUGUACCAGUGUGUUGUCAAAAACAUCUUGAAAGAGCAUGUCAGGGCCUACAAGCUCCUUGCCAGCUAUGGCCCAAGCCAUGUGAACAUCUCCGCGACUGCAGAGAAUCCAAUCACUCUCACUUGUUUAGCUGCGUCUCAGCCCCCCAGUACAUAUGUGUGGAAGAUCGACGGCAAGCCAGUGGGAAACAGCAGUGAGAUCAAGCUGUCUAUCCUCGUUGCACUAGGCAGCAGCACAAUUACUUGCAUCGCCACGAACCCACGGACCAAUGCCACUGCUGGAGCCACCUUCAAGCUCCCAGGUAAGCACCUAUCAUCAGCACUGAAAAUAAGACAUUUAGGGGCGGGCCUCUUCUGAGGUUAUGGGUUACUUUCACGUGGAGAUCAACACUAGGUGAGAGUAACUUUAACCAAUCAAUGCACAAUAUUUUCUCUUUGCUGACAGUAAAUUGUAUUUAUGUUGUCAUUCCUCUCUUUCUCUGUGUCUCUCUCUCAGAUCCGGAUGCUGCUACUCCUCUUCAGUCCCAGGCUGGCUUGACUCUCACAGUCCUACUGGCUCUCUUCCUCUCUUUGCUGGGGAACAGGUUUUAUUAAAACAGUCCAACUGGCUCUCUUCCCCUCUCUGCUGGAGAACAGGUUUUAUUAAAACAGUCCUACUGGCUGUCUUCCCCUCUCUGUUGGGGAACAUAGACCUCACACCUGCACUUCCCACUAUCUGCCUGCUCUAUCUCGUUCUUUUGUCAGAAUGGACAUUGAUGAGGCCACCCACCUGUGCCUGUUGAUGUUUUAUGAGUAUUUAGAGACUCAGAGUUCCGUCAGUAAGGAAGAGCUGUAUUGCUAACGUGUACCUUUAACAUGACAAAGGAAUGUAUGUGUAUAAUUCAAAUAUUAGGGAUUUGAAUGCAGUAGAAAAAUCAAGAAUAUAUUUUAUUCAAUGUAUAUGUUUUAAUAUAGUUUCAAAAGUGAAGUUAGGCUUUAUUUAUGCUUUUAUUUUCUUAUUUAUCAAGGGUUUACAGUUCUUAUGUUAUGACGCACUUGUGGCUGAAAGCACUAUGCCUUAGACCCUAAUUUCCUUCUUAAUAAAGAAAAUGUAUGUUUUAAUCUCAGAAUUAUUUUUUUAUCACAAAGUAAAUAACAAACAGUUUUACAUAUGAACCUGCCUCA